AUGCAGGAUGAUGUGCUCCUCGAGUCGGCGGCGUCCGCGUCCACGAAUUUCGACGCCUUCGCGUGGGUAGAGAAGGCGCUGAGGUCUCACUCGGGCGAUGCGUCGGCCCUGGCACCUCUGGUGCCACAGUUGGCUCUGCGAUCGCAAACGUUGGCUCAAACGCUGCAUGCGUCGUUGCAGCACGUUUCGCUGUCAGCUCCAGCGUUGCAGUCGCGUCUCCAGGGGAUACAACAGGCUGCUACACCGCUGGCUAGACGACUGGAUGCUGUGCAAGAUGCCUGCGCCUCUGGCUCCGUGUCCACCGCGUCGGGCUCAGGGCAAGCUCUGCCCCCUCAUCUAGCUACGCUUCACGAGGCGAAGCGCCGAUUACAGAGCUGCUCGCAGGCGUUAGUGGAGGCCGCAAGAUGGGGGCGUAACGUGCGCGCCUGCUUUGCGGUGGUGGAAGACCCAACGCUGUUAUCUCGUGUGCUUAAGGGCGAGAGUGCCAAACUCAAUGGCCACACAACAGACAGCGACUCUGCCGACGACUUGGCGGACCGCGUUCGUGAAAUGCAGUCAAGUCUGGACGUCCUUAAAGAUCUUCCAGGUGCCUGGGACCGCAAACAAACGAUGGAAAGGCUUUGUGCGCAGAUUGAGGCGGCGGUGCUGCCACGACUCGCCACAAAGCUUCGUGCGGACGAGGUAGGCGAUGUGGCACCGCUGCGGUGGUGUCUUGACGUACUCGAAAGCGUCGACAGAGGUCAUCUAGUGAGAGAGGAGUUCUGCAGGGCAAGACCAGCACAUGUGCACCGUGCCUGGUACGCCUACAGCAACGAGAUGCAGACUGAGUUGGACGAGAAAGAGGAAUCAUUUGCCAAUUGGCUAGAAACCUUCUGUGGAGACGCUCUACGCAUGCUGCAGUGCGAGAGUUGCAUCGCCCGGGAGCUUUUUGGCGCCGAUAUCCUGCUAAAUGUGCUGCUCGAUCUGCUCCUCAAUACUCUGGAGCCAGUCACAAAGUCAUUUCGCGACCGCCUUGUCCACAGCGGGCCUUCAGGUACGGACUUCCAACUUAAUCGGCUACUCCUCUGCUUUCACGCGACGCGAGCAUUUGCCGGUCAGCUAGUGCAGUUCUUUAGGUCUCUAGAAGGUGACCUUGGCGUGAAUUUGCCUGAAACUGACGACGCGGCUUCGAGCGCUGAAAGCAUUCUACGUGUUGUCUUCGAGCCGUAUCGUCUGUACUUUUCAGAGUACGCUCGCUUUACUAGCGAGGCCCUUACCGAUGAUUUGCUACGUCUUGAUUUCUCUCAGCGUCUUGAGGAAGCUUCGGUGGCAGUCUGGACACUCGUGGAUGAGAGUCUGCAGCAGUGCUUCGAGUUUUCUGGUGGUGCUGCGUUCCCUGAAGCUGUGGAAGCGAUCGGCACGGCUGUGCAGCAGUUUACGUUGGCUCUGAGCUCUACCAUCCCAGCCAUUCGCAGAUACUGCAAAGCUGAACCUACUUCCCAAGUGCAAGACGCUUCUAAUGGAUCGCAAGUUGCUUCUCCCGAGUGGAGUCAGUUCCACGCAUCGUUAGCUCUACUCAAGGCGUGCGGUACUCUGGAAAGCCAACUCUGUGCGCUUGAUGAUCAAGUUCGCGUUCGGAUGCGAGAGCAACUCGCGCAUUUUUUUGGCGAGACAUCAGGUUCAUUGUCACCGCGCAGCCGCCGAAAGAAAACACACGAUAAUACAAGAAGUGCGCUUGCUGAGCUUGUGGACCCGACAAAGCUUGUGGUAGCAGUGUCAAGGGCUUGGCUUCACGAUGAAGACCUAACGCGACAAUCCCACUUCCACCAGUUCGAGAUGGAAUUACUGGACCAGUUAACUGGAACAUCAGAUUUUGAUACUUCUCCGCCUCGGUAUCCAACGGCAACGCUGCUGGAUGAGGCUCAACGUGCCGUGCGUUCGUGGACGAAGGACGUGCAGCUUCUCACAUAUGACACUGUGUUCUUACCUAUCGCACGAGUACUAGAGACGCUGCCCUCCAACGAGAAUUGGCGUAAGGUGCCGGAUACCACUCUGGGGGAUCUACCGACCUUUAGUAUGCUGCCACAAGACUACAUUACAAUGGUUGCCGAUCUCCUCCUGUCACUACUCCCUCAACUCGAACCCUUUGCAGAAAGCAGCAGUCUCGAAAACGCCUUUGUGGCUUCACGUGGCGCUCAGGAGGUGUGCAUUCAGAGCGAGUGGGCUCGUGUUGGUCAGCUCUUGCACCUGGAACCCUCUGAGCUCGCGACGUGUCAGCGGAUUUUUGGCUCGGAUGACAAGCCUGCUACCACGGAGCCUGCACUGACAGCGACGGAGUUUGUGGACUUGUGGACCGCAGCAGUGGCUAGCGGCACUCUCGCAGCAUUCUUGCGCGCGGUUUGUUCCAUCUCGAUACUGUCCGACAUGGGAGCUCAACAGUUGGUUGCAGAUCUAGGCUACUUUCACAAUGUGCUGAGUGCUGUGGGUGGCGAGGGAAAUUUCAUCAUAGAUGACUUGCGUCGAGCGCUCGAGAUGGACCUGCCGGUGCAUUUCCAACAUGUCGACGAGCUGCGAGCUGACCAGGAUAGUCCAGAGAAGCAAGCACUUGCUAAAUUUAACGACUGUAUCGCCACCAUGCGCCAACGAGCGCUAGAAUUACCUCGUCGAUUCUCAACAGCUCGCGCUGGCUCAUCGACGCAGUUCGACUAG